AUAUAUAUAUAUAUAUAUAUAUAUAUGGGACACUGGUUGUUUAGAUGGUUGUGAGUUUGUCUGGUCAACAUGCCUGUGUGCAUCUUUGCUGUUACAGAUUUAUUUUCAGACCAUUAAAACAAGGUAUUGUGGAGGAAUAUGACAAUAAAAAAUAAAGGUAUUCCUUUAGCAAACAUUUGGGAGAGGUAGCAAUGUGCAGAACGUCUGCCUUUGGUGACCCUAACAACGGUAAAUUCAGCAUGUCUUGCAUCCUGUCUCUUUUCUGAGAGCUCUCCAGACAGGAAAAGUCAUCCUGAUUUUGACUCGUCUUAUCUCUUGCUCUGUUACUUUCUACAUUUAUUUUCCUCGGAUAAUGCCAUCCUGCCUUUAUUUGCUGAAUAAGUGUGUUGAUAUCCAGUUGUUGGCAUUUUACAUGGCAAACAUAAGUGUCACAUGAUGCUUGGUGCAAGUUGUAAAGUGUGGUUUCUCAGAGUUGGGACAGUGUUGGGCACUGACAGCUUUAGGAAUGUGCAUGAUGAAUAUUUCCUUAAAGGUCCCAUAUUAUAAAAAAAUCACUUUCUAAAAGUUUUGUAACAGUCAUAUGUGUCCUCAUAGUCUGUGUAAGAGGCCCAAAAAUGAGAAAAUUCUGUCUCCUCUCUCGCUUGCUCCACUUUGUAGCGAAUGUGUACCCAAAUGGUUGAGUCUGAAAACUUUCCCUUUGUGACCUCACAAUGGGGAAUAAACACUCUACCACAUAGAGGAUACAGCCAUUGACCCGCCCCUGGCUAGCUGAGCCUUUAAGGGACCUUUAAAAUAAGUUAAAAGCUUUAGUUUUAAUAUCGUUAUCUAGUUACUUGGUCUUUAAGUGCUGGCCAUUAUCUGCAUGAAGAGGCCUUGUAAAUGUGUAACUGGGCUUUUGGGAUUAACAUUAGUUUGUUAGAUUUGAUUAUGUUUUGCUGACUAAAUUAUCUGAGAAGUCUCUUUUCUUUCUUUUUUUUAGUAACAGUAUUCAUUUUAAUAAAACAAACACUUUUAUUGGAAGACCACACCCUGCUUCUGAAAUGUAAAAGGGCUUCAAUACUGUCACAGAACAGGAUGUAUACGUUGUACUGUAAAACUCAGCAGUUAGCUUUUCUACGUGGGUUGAAGGCAACACUAAAUCUAUCAUUACAAGCAUCUGAAGGCUCAUCCUGACGCUGUCCACAUUUUAAUGAAGCAUGGCUUGAGACUGUACCCCUCAGGUUUCAUCAUGAUAUCAGUAUCUUCACACUGGAGCCAGAGCCUGAACCAACCCUUUGAUGGGCCAGAGCGAAGAAUCACUCUUCCAGUCUGUCACUAAAGUGUAACUUGAAAUAGUCCAUCUCAAGAAGAUGCUGAGUUGUGACAAAAAAUCCAGUUGCAAAACACAACCAAACACACAAAACCCAGUUAUGAGUGAACACACACACCAGUAAAGCACCAGGGAGUGUUUGCCAAUAGUGACCAUAAACAUGUUGAGGGUUAUGCUGUUGAGCAAAUCCAUUACCCAUGAUGCUCUCUGCCAGUCCUUGUGCUUGAAAAACAACAUACAACUAACUGCAGAAAACUUCUCUAUAUGUGUGUUUGCAGCUGUUGAAGCUGACAUGGAGAAAGAUUUAUCCUGCAAAGUAAAACUUGAUUCACCUUAACAAGAAAGCUGGGGUUCCAACAUGCUUCAUCUGCUUUUAAUAAGUUAAAAACAGAUCUUUCUAUUUCUGUGCUGUUUAGUAAUGCAUGUGGUUUGGCACUAAGGUGUCGCAACAAACUGCACAGUAAUCACUCACCAAGGAAAAGAACAGAAAACGUCUCUCCAUCCUGACAGCAUGGCGGCUUCAUUCGUCUCUGCGUUCCUUGGCCUGGUUGUGCUGCUUCUCUGGGAUCAGGCAGCUGCAGCAGUUUAUCUGAAUGUCAGUCCGAACCGUCAGCAGUUUUUCAAGGGAGAGUCCAUCCAACUGAGCUGUGGGGUGGAGGGGGGGCAGUCUGCGGCUGGACUGACUCUGAAGAGGACGCUCACUGAUAAAACGGAGACGUGUGGAGCUGAUAAAGCCUUCAGAAAGUGCAGCGGUUCCACCUACACCGUUUCAUCUCUCUCUUCUGAAGACCGAGGAAUUUACUGGUGUGAAGAUUUGAGCGGAGAGAAGAGCAUCAACGUCACCAUCACUGUUUCAGAUCAGCCUUUCAUCAUCGAGAUCCCUGCUCUUCCUGUGAUGGUGGGAAGUAAAGUCGUUCUGCGCUGCAGGAUCCGGAAUGGUUCCACCACCUCUGUUCACCUUUUCAAGUUUGGUAAACACAACAAGCCUCUGACAGCUGCACCUGUUGGAGAACUGACCAUCAUCAACAUUCAAGAGUCUGAUGAAGGUUUCUACUGGUGUUCUGAUCAUGGGAAGAAGUCGCCAUCCAGCCAUCUGACUGUCACAGUCUUUCCUAUAUUCUCCCCUCCACCCAUCACUUCUGCUUCCAGUCUUCUCCAACUCAUGCGCCACCUGGUGGUUGUCGGCCCGUUCUGCAUCUCUACUGCUCUGAUGAUUUCUUUAUUCUGCUGCAAGAAGACGGAAAAGACACUUGUUGCCACGGUGGAGAUGGAGGAGGGUGCAGAGCGUGAUGAGGGAGCCACAUACGACUAUAUUGACAGCGCUGCAGUCACCACAGAGCACUUUUUCUGAGAAGAAGGAAGUGUGUGUGUGUGCGUCUGUGUGUGUUAUAGUGAAGCUGCGCUGCUAUAAUCAAAUACCUGCUUUAUACUGCACACACACCUUGUUAAUAUAAAAAGCAAAUACUAUAAACUAAAUGUUUUAGCUGAUGUGAUCAAUUACUU